GCCAAGCUGUGUAGCUGGGCAGACGUAACCUGCAGUGGGGUACCUCAUUGCUCAGUGUAUGUCACCAUGUACUGCUUGCUUCAGCCUUGCAGGCAUGUGAGUGACCUCAGGCAGCUUGGCACCAUGGCAAGGGCUUGGAGGUGGGGAGCACUCAUGCCUGUCAUUGGCCUUCUGGGGAAGAAGGGGACCAGAGAACGUGCAGCCGGGACCCAAGAUGCACUUGUAGAGUCAGUCCUGAUGUGAAAGAAGACAGGGAACCAGAGAGUAACAGGGGAUGGGGGGAGGAAAGACACAAAAGGAGAAGCAGAAGUGUGUGCAAAGCAGCUUGGGGCUGGGGAGGUGAUGGCUCAGAGCGCUUCCUGUCCCUGGAGCCGCGCGUGCCAAGCUGCGCGCAGGCUCGCACCUGCCUGUGCCCCACAGCACUGUGCAGAGGGCCAGAGAUCAAGGCACCGAUCGAGACGCAGGUGGAUGGAGAGGGUCAGAAUGGACUGAUGGUAGACACCAGGAGAGAUGCACGGCCAGCUCCUGAGAGGCGCAGAACCAGCGUGGUGUUGGGUGCUCCAGCGCAGACCUCCAACUUCCCGUUUCUCACCAGCACAAACAGAGUUCUCCUCUGUGUUUUUUGAGUUGCCUUGGUUGUAGACGCUUGUCCCCUUCUUCAUCGGCUCUCCACGAUGGUGAGGUGGUUUCACCGUGACCUGAGUGGGCUGGAAGCUGAAGCCUUACUGAAGGGACGAGGUGUCCAUGGGAGCUUUCUGGCCAGACCCAGUCGGAAGAAUCAGGGGGAUUUUUCUCUUUCAGUCCGGGUUGGUGAUCAGGUAACUCACAUCCGCAUCCAGAACACCGGGGAUUUCUAUGACCUGUAUGGAGGGGAGAAGUUUGCCACCUUGUCAGAACUGGUGGAGUACUACACGCAGCAACAGGGCUCACUGCAGGACAAAGAUGGAACCAUCAUUGACUUGCGAUACCCGCUUAACUGUUCUGACCCUACUACGGAGAGAUGGUACCAUGGCCAUCUGUCAGGCUCUGCAGCUGAGUCGCUUCUCCAGGCCAAAGCCACCCCUUGGACCUUUUUGGUGCGGGAGAGCCUCAGCAAACCUGGGGAUUUUGUCUUGUCUGUCCUCACUGACCAGCUUAAACCUGGCUCUGAUGCUCCACCAGCUGGGGCAACCAGUGCUGCAGGAGCCUGGCUCAAAGUCACACACAUCAAGAUCAUGUGUGAGAACGGACGCUACACAGUUGGAGAUGCUGAAACGUUUGACAGCUUGGCAGAUCUGGUGGAGCACUUCAAGAAGACUGGAAUUGAAGAGGUGUCUGGCUCCUUUGUGUACCUGAAGCAGCCCUACUAUGCUACGAGGGUGAAUGCUGCUGACAUUGAGAAUAGAGUGCAGGAACUGAACAAGAAGAGUCUAUCUGAGGAGGCAUCCAAGGCUGGGUUCUGGGAGGAGUUUGAUAGCCUGCAAAAACAGGAAGCCAAGCAGCUGUUUGACCGCCACGAGGGUCAGAGACCUGAAAACAAGAGCAAGAACCGAUACAAGAACAUCUUGCCCUUUGAUCAUUCCAGAGUCAUUCUCCAAGGAAGGGACCCAAAUAUACCUGGAUCUGACUAUAUCAAUGCCAACUAUAUCAAGAACCACCUGGCCGGCCCAGAUGAGUGCACCAAGACCUACAUUGCCAGCCAGGGCUGCCUGGAUGCCACAGUCAAUGACUUCUGGCAAAUGGUGUGGCAGGAGAACACACGCACUAUCGUGAUGACUACACGGGAGGUAGAAAAAGGACGGAACAAAUGUGUGCCUUACUGGCCAGAGGUGGGCAGCAUGAAGGAAUAUGGUCCCUACCUCGUGGAGAACACUGGGGAGCAUGAUGCAUUGGAGUACAAACUCCGUUACCUCUGUGUGUGUCCAAAAGACAACGGUAAGGCUGUGCGUGAGAUCUGGCACUACCAGUACCUGAGCUGGCCUGACCACGGCGUACCCAGCGAUCCAGGAGGAGUGCUCAGCUUCCUUGACCAAAUCAACCAGAAGCAAGAGAGCAUCCCUGAUGCGGGGCCUAUUCUGGUGCAUUGCAGUGCUGGGAUUGGCCGCACUGGGACUAUCAUCAUCAUUGAUAUGAUAGUGGAAACAAUCUCCACCAAGGGGCUGGACUGUGACAUUGACAUCCAGAAGACUAUCCAGAUGGUGAGGGCCCAGCGCUCAGGCAUGGUGCAGACAGAGGCCCAGUACAAGUUCAUCUAUAUGGCUAUCUGCCAGUUCAUAGAGACAACCAAGAAAAAGCUGGAAGUUAUCCAGUCUCAGAAAGGGAAGCCAAAAGAGUCUGAGUAUGGGAACAUUACCUAUCCCCCUGCAGCAAGGAACAUGCAUGCCAAAGCUUCACGGAAACCCUCCAAGCAGAAAGAGGAGUCAAGGGUCUAUGAGAACCUGGGGAAGAAGGAGAAGGCACAGAAGCAGCACUCCUUGGAGAAAAAGCUGAAAGGCUCGCUGAAGAAAAAAUAGGUUGCAGGUAGCCCCCUGGGGGGUUUGAACCAGGGGUGCAGGGCUGGAGCUCACAUCCAGGCUGGGCUGUCUUGCAUUCCUCACCCUUGGACUGAAAUUAGGUCUUUUCCUUGUUUUCCAUCCCACCUUCCAGCCCUGAACCAGACUGCUUUCCAGCUCAGCUGACUGACUUCCUCAUCCCUUGCCUGUGCAGGCCAGCAGUGUCUCCUGCUGCCCCUUCAUCCUUCAGCAACGUUAAUAAGGCCCCUUCUUCCCCUUGCUGAGCACUGGGGCCCAAGCUCACCUCUGCUGGGUCAGCUCCAGUGAACUUGAAGAAGGGUGAAGGAAGCUUUUUACAGGAGCUACAUCUCUGUGAGUUAGAAUUUAGCCUGUUAGUAGUGUUCCCUGAAGCCUCAGCUUUUAAAGUAUAGAGGGUUUGGCCUCUCUACAACUCUACAGUUCAACAGGAAACUUCCUUUCUCCUUAAUACCAACCCUCUGCCCUAUAGAAUCAUUGAGUGGGUUGGGUUGGAAAGGACCUUAAAGUCAUCCAGUUCUUAACCCCUGCCAUGGGCAGGGACACCUUCCACGAAUCCAGGUUGCUCCAAGCCCCAUCCAGCCUGGCCUUGAACACUGCCAGGGAUGGAGCAUUCACCACUUCUCUGGCCAACCUGUGCCUGUGCCUCACCACCCUCACAGUAAAGAACUUUUUCCUUGUAUCUAACCUGAACUUCCCAUUUAAAUUUAAACCCAUCACCCCUUGUCCUGUUGCUACAGCCCCUGAUGAAGAGGCCCUCUUCUCAUGAUCCCUUUUCUAUUUGAUUGGAUGCUGUAAAUACACCCGAAUUGGAUGUGAUUGCCAUGUUUUCUCCUUUGGUUGUAAAUAAACUUGUAGUUCUUUGAA